CAUUCUCUCUCCCAAAUUUCCCAUCAUUCAUUUGUUUUACAACAAAACACAAAAUUGAACCAUGAAUCUGCAUCCACUUUCAAUUGUUGUUGUGUUGUUGUUCCUUUGUCUUCUUAUCAAAUUCACAGCUGCAAUUAGUAAUCCAACUCACUUCACAGGUGAUGUUUCGAUUAAUUGCGGUGCCAUAGACACUUCGAUAGCAAACAAUGGCAAGGGAUGGGUUGGAGAUGUACAACCAAAAUCUUCUUCCUUGCUACAAAUCAAGGGCUCAUCAACCACUUCAAAUGUCGUCUCUAAGUUGAUCUCUUUCGAUCCAGUUCCAUACAAAACGGCAAGAAUCUCUCAAUCUCAAUUUUUCUAUGCAUUCCAAGUGGGCCCAGGUGAGAAAAUUCUUCGUUUUCACUUUAAUCCGACUUUAUAUAAAGGUUUCGAAGGGUUCAAGGACUUGUUCACUGUUGAAGCCGGUCCUUUUACUCUGCUCAGUAACUUCAGUGCUUCACUAGCAGCUGAAGCUCUCGGUGUUGAUUCUUUUGUCAAAGAGUUCUGCUUACACGUACAAGAAAAUCAAAAACUAAACAUAAUUUUCUCUCCUGAAAGCAGUCAAUCAUUAGACACAUAUGCUUUCAUAAACGGCAUUGAGAUUUUCACAGUGCCCGCAAGUCAUUCCUACUUCGAAGGCGGAGAUGUUGGGCUCCAACUGGUAGGAGAGAAGUCUCGGGUUUACAUUGAUUCCAGCACUGCACUAGAGAUAUUUCACCAAGUAGAGUUUAAGCAGAACAAUGUUGGAUAUUUUCAUGGACUGUUUCCCAAGUGGGAGAACGUAAAUACAAAGAGGAGACACAAUAACACAUGGAAAAUGCCAGUGGAUGUAGGGUUCAAGUACUUGAUCAGGGUUCAUUUCUCCGAGUUGGGACUCAAGGUAGCAGGAAAUGGUGAUAAUACAUUCAAAGUCCUUAUUAAUGAAAUGAUUGCUCGAACGAAUAUUGACUUAGUUAAAGAAAGUGAUGAAAAUAACAUACGUUGGUAUAGGGACUACAUGGUGAUGGUGAGAGGAAACAAAAAUGAGGGCAAACGUGAUAUCUUGAUUUCCUUGCAGUCAUAUGGUGAUCUUAUAGGUAAUCGGGUACUUGUUUCAGGGUUCGAAAUAUUUAAGUUGAGCAACUCCGAUAACAGUCUUGCGAGUCCAAAUCCUUCACCUCUAGCUCGGGAUUCAGCUUCCCACACUGUUCAAACUCUAUUCCUGGUUCUUUAUCAUAGAAAUGCAAUAGCAGAUGUUGCAAUAGCUAUGAUUUCCUUGGUAUGCAUAAUUGUUUAUAAUUUGCGGGAAAUUCAGGAAGCUAAUAUUACAGAUGAGGGAAACAAAAUAAUGUCAAAGUCAAAGCCAAAGCCAUCGCCAUCUGCCAGGGCUGAACGUACUUGUCGCCGUUUUUCACUAGAUGAGAUCCUCUUAGCGACAGAAAAUUUCAGUGACGCACUACUAAUUGGAAAUGGUGGAUUUGGAAAAGUCUACAAAGGCCACAUUGAUAAUGAGCACACUACCAUUGCUAUAAAGAGGUUGGAAUCAAACUCUAAGCAAGGGCCAAAAGAGUUCUUAACCGAGAUCGAGACACUUUCUGAGCUCCGACAUGUUAACCUAGUAUCUCUAAUUGGUUACUGCAAUGAGAAAGGAGAAAUGAUUCUUGUUUAUGAAUAUAUGCCAUGUGGAACAUUGGCUGAUCAUAUUUACAAACUUGUAGGGGAAAAUAAUACUUGCUCUUAUCUCACAUGGAAGCAACGCCUUGAUACUUGCAUCGGAGCAGGUCGGGCACUAGAUUACCUUCACACAUGCCAUGGAGUCAUACAUAGAGAUGUAAAGACUUCAAAUAUCUUGCUUGAUGAAAAUUUCAUAGCUAAGGUUUCUGAUUUUGGAUUGGCCAAGCUUGAAAACAAAAGCAAGUUAAAGACCCACAUUACCACGAACGUUAAAGGCACGUAUGGGUACCUCGAUCCAAAUUAUGUCAAAACUCAAAAACUAUCCAGGAAAAGUGAUACAUACGCCUUUGGAGUAGUGUUGUUGGAAGUAUUGUGUGGCAGGCCCGCAGUAGAUUUAGAGAAUGACCGAGUUCUGUCCAUGUGGGCUCGAGAUAAGAUUAACAUGGGAGAAGGUGAUCAAAUCGUGUCAGUUGGUCUGAGAGAGGAGAUUUCACCAGAUAGCCUCAAGACAUUUGUUGGAGUUGCCCAAAGAUGCUUAUCUGAUGAACUGGAGAACCGACCAACAAUGUCCCAAGUUGUGUCACAACUUGAGUUGGCAGUUGAGCAGCAGGAGACAAAAAAACUUCGACAAAUAGCAGCAAGUGUUUCUGAUGACAACCAUUGUCUUAAUAAUGAUAAAGAUGGCCUAUCGGUUCAGACGCGGCAACCAUCAAUUUUCUCUACAGCUAUGCAGAAUUUCACACCUCCUCUCAAAGAACAAACUAAUAGCAAUUUGGCUAUUGCUCGACUUCCACAUAAUGAUAACAAUGUCCUAACAGUUCAGACAAGUCAACCAGCAACUUUCUCUACAGCUGUGUAUAAUUUCACACCUCCUUCGAAAGAACAAACUAAUAGAAAUGUGGUUAUUGCUCAACUUCGACAGAAUGAUAACGAUAGCCUAUUAGUUCAGACGAGGCAACCAACAAUUUUCUCUACAGCUGUGCAGAAUUUCGCUCCUCCUCCGAAAGAACAAACUAAUAGUGAUAUUAUAAUUGCUCAGCUUCCGGUUAAGGGAAAUGAAUUGCCAUCAAUUUCAGAGUUUGAUUUGGGUACUAGUACACCUGCUAUAAGUGAAUCUUGUUCUACAUCGGACUUAUUUAGACGUUUCUCGUUCGAAGAGAUCAAAAAGGCCACAGGCAACUUGGACGACAAUUCCAUCAUCAACAAGGGAUAUAUAUUCAAUGUGCAUAAAGGGUUCAUCGAGGACGGUGCCACCACCGUGGCCAUCAAAAGAUUGACCCAGUGGUCCAUAUCUCCCCCCACAUUUCGAGAUAAAAUUGAGAUGCUGCAGCAGAUGAGGCACCUCAACUUGGUAUCACUGAUCGGAUACUGCGACGAGGGCAGAGAGAAGAUAUUAGUCUACGAUUACAUGGCGUGUGGCAGCUUGCACGACCAUCUCUACAACUCGGAGAAGAAUAUAACAUUAACGUGGAAAAGACGCCUCCAGAUUUGCUUAGGCACCGCCGUAGGAUUGCACUACCUUCACACCCACAAAGAGUACAACCACAUCAUGCAUAGGACAGUCUGCUCUGCAAACAUCUUACUGGAUGAGAAAUGGGUGGCCAAGGUCUCAUUCGGGCCAAGGUAUACCUGGCUACUACAGUGGACAAUAGAGGACGACGUGUUCUACUUGGGCGGGGUGUUGUUCGAAGUGUUAUUAGCCAAGCCAGGGGAGCCAAAAAAUAUGGCCAAAUGUGUUGAAUUUUGUAAAAGGAAAGGGACACUUGUGGAAAAGGUUCGAUCAUUACUUGGGGACGGCACCGAACCAUAUAUUGAUUCUAAUCUGCACGGACAAAUUGCCCCAGAAUGUUUGAGUAAAUUCGUUGAGACUGCCCUUUCAUGCAUAAAUAAAGAGCAAAGUAAGCGGCCGACAAUGAGCGACGUUGUUCGGAACCUUGAGUUUACGAUGCAGCUGCAAGAAGCGGCGGAGCAUAGAAGCGGCCAAACAGCUUCCCUUGGCGGAGCCUUCCUUUUCGCACCAGAUGGCCUAUCGGUUGAGACGGGACAACCAACAAUUUCCUCUACAGCUGUGCAGAAUUUCACACCUCCUCCGAAAGAACAAACUAAUAGCAAUCUGGUUAUUGCUCAGGUUCCAGUCAAGGGAAAUGAAUUGCCAUCAAUUUCAGGAGAGUUUGAUUUGGGUACUAGUACACCAACUACCAGUGAAUCUUGUUCUACACCGGACUUAUUGAGAUGUUUCUCGUUCGAAGAGAUCAAAAAGGCCACAGACAACUUGGACGACAGUUCCAUCAUCAACAAGGGAUAUUUAUUCAAUGUGCACAAAGGGUUCAUUGAGGACGGUGCCACCACCGUGGCCAUCAAAAGAUUGACCCGGUGGUCCAUAUCUCCCCCCAAGUUCCGAGAUAAAAUUGAGAUGAUGCAGCAGAUGAGGCACCUCAACUUGGUAUCACUGAUCGGUUACUGCGACGAGGGCAGAGAGAAGAUAUUAGUCUACGAUUACAUGGCGUGUGGCAGCUUGCACGACCAUCUCUACAAUUCGAAGAAGAAUACAACAUUAACGUGGAAAAGACGCCUCCAGAUUUGCUUAGGCGCCGCCGUAGGAUUGCACUACAUUCACAUCCACAAAGAGUACAACCACAUCAUGCAUAGGACAGUCUGCUCUGCAAACAUCCUACUGGAUGAGAAAUGGGUGGCUAAGAUCUCAUUCGGGCCAAGGUAUACCUGGCUACUACAGUGGACAACAGAGGACGACGUAUUCUACUUGGGCGUGGUGUUGUUCGAAGUGUUAUUCGCCAAGCCAGGGGAGCCGAUAAAUUUGGCCAAAUGUGUUGAAUUUUAUAAAAGGAAAGGGACACUUAUGGAAAAGGUUCGAUCAUUACAUGGGGACGGUAAAGAACCAUUUAUUGAUUAUAAUCUGUACAGUCAAAUUGCCCCUAAAUGUUUGAGUAAAUUUGUCGAGACAGCCCUUUCAUGCAUAAAUAAAGAGCAAAGUAAGCGGCCGACAAUGAUCGACGUUGUUCGGAACCUUGAGCUUGCGAUGCAGCUGCAAGAAGCGUCGGAGCAUUGAGGCGGCCGCACAACUUUCCUUGGCGGAGCCUUCUUUUUCGCACCGGGUAAAUCUAUAUUUUCGUGAGCAAUCUUGAACUGAAUCUUAUAAAUAAUUUAGGGUUUUGAGUAUGGGAAAUUGGGAAAUAUGUAAUUUGGAGCAUGAGCAUUUUCUUAUAAAUAAAUUAGGGCUUGGAAAACAGAAAAUUGCUUGGAAGAAAGAGAGAAGAUGUAAAUCGCACAUGUCGUAUGCAGGUCUCAUUUUUAUUUUCUAGGGUAAAUGUUAUAUACAGUUGAGUUUAUUUUCUGGAGUUAAUUGCAA